UGUUCAGUUCUAGAUUUGACUUUUAGUGGUGGAAAGACCAUAGACUACGUUGGAACAUCAGUGACUAUGAAGGGGUGAACCAGAUUAUUCUACCUUUCGAUGACGUGUGGACACCGGAUAUCACAGUUUUUGACAGCGCCUCCGAGAUCAUGAUGCCAGGCCGUCGUGAGUACCGCCCAAUUGUAGAGCAUGACGGGACGGUGAUUUAUCUGUAUCCUACCAUAGUGGACAGCAUCUGUCCUAUCAACGUGUUGUAUUUCCCCAUGGACAUACAGGAAUGCAAACUCAUGUUUGGAUCUUGGUCACACUCUGGAGCAGAAAUCGACUUCUAUCCCAGAAUUCCAACAGGAGACAUGGAUUUCUAUAUCACAAACAAUGAAUGGACUGUCCUAUCGUUUCCCGCCAGACGAAAUGUAGCUUACUACAAAUGCUGCGAAGAACCGUUCCCAGAUGUGUCGUUUUACUUAAAGAUCCACCGUAAACCGACCUUUUAUAUUCUUUCCGUUCUCUUUCCCUGCAUGCUGACGUCAUCAGUGGCCAUUCUAGCGUUUCUCCUGCCCCCCGAAUCGGGAGAAAAGGUUUCUUUGAGUGUGACAGUUCUCUUGUCUCUAGCCGUGUUCCUCCUGAUGGUCAGCGAUCAGUUACCCGCCUCGUCAGAUCACUUUCCAUACGUCGGUAUGUAUUUUGCGGGCUCCAUGUUCCUUGUGUCGCUGUCGCUGGUGAUGACGGUGUGCGUGUUAAACAUGUAUUUCCGGGGACCCAACGACGGGAAGGUUCCAGCCUGGAUGAAUAAAGUUUUUCUUCGGUUUGGAAGACGAUUUCUCCUGCGUCAGUCUAAAAAUAAAAUCCAACCAUGCUUCACGAGGCGAGCAUCCCACAUAAGGAACAGAGUACAGAAUAGUAGGUGUUCCGACGAUCAAAAUAGGAGAAGAACCUGUGCACUCAACUUAUCAACAAUGGAUGUCCAAGAGGACUUAGGAAAAUCCUACAUUUCAUUAAAUGUCACCAAUUUUGACAACGAGAUUACCCACUCUGAGAAAAUACGCAUCUCUAACGAUACAGGAAUGACCGAAAGUCACGUGAACGAGUGGCAGGAGAUCGCUAUGGUAAUAGACCGUAUGUUUUUGGUCAUUUUUAUUGUAAUCACCUUUACAACCACAGUCGUUUUCCUGAAAUUAAUGAACAAUGAAUAAUUGACAGCUUCUUGAUCUGAAUAAUAAACUUUGUCACUGUUAUUUCUAUAACAUUACCGUAGUUUUAGAUCAGUAAAAGAAGAAAAGCGACC